CGGGCGUACCCAUGGCCGCUUGCCAAGCGCAUGCGUUCCCCCCCCAGUAAGGUUGCCCGAGAGAGCCCCAAGAGGGACCCAUAAUGGUCCGUACCCAUUUUGGCUCAAGGCGCUUGCUUGUCACUCCACUUCGUUGCUACAUUGACUACCCCCUUUGCCGUACACUCAGCCGCGCGAUGGCGCGUGUGUUGGCGGCGAUGCUGAUGGCGCUCGCCUUCGUGCAGGCCAGCGCCCUGGAUUCGGAGGAGGAUCGCCCCAAGGGCGCCCGCAGGCGACAGAUUGAGCGCACGCGCGCGGCGGAGCUCGGCGCCGCCAUCGCCAAGUCCGGCUGCGCCGACCUCGGCGGCGAGAAGUGGUUCUCGGACGCGCACGGCGAGCUGUUCCAGGUGAAGCAGGACAAGUGCUCGAUCUCUUUCCAGCUGAAGAAGAAGAGCGGCGAGAUGUACGAGAAGAAGGGUGUCGUACGCGGCACCAGGGUGCUGGUGGAGCCGCCGUUCCCAGAGGGCCAGAUGUUGCCGAACCAGACCGUCAUGUGGGAGAGCGGCGCCCGCUGGGAGCGCAAGUGGUGAGCACUUGGCUCGCCAGGGCGCCGCGCCUCUAGGUGAGCGCGCGGCCGGGUCGAAGGGUGUCGAUGCUCUCGCUUGCGAUUCGGUCGGACAGGAAAAGAGAGACCCAUAAUGUGGCGCCGACACGGCCCCAAGAGCGCCCCAGAAAAAAAGCCAAGAGGCCGAAUCGAAAUCCCCAUUCUUUUUGUGAACCAAUAAUAUUGUGGAUUGGU